AUGCCGGCUUCAUCGGUGGGCAGCAAGAUUGUCAAUGUUCAUCCAUGUAGACUGACUGUGGUUCAUUCUGGGACAGGGAGAUGUCUAGAAGAGUUCACUGUUCGUGAUCAGUUAGCAAAAGAGGGGAUAGAAAGGGCCAAGGACUAUGGGAAAUGUAAUGUUUGUGGUGUUUCAGCAACUUUUCCUAGCAUUUCUCUAAAUGAAAAUAGGUACCCCCAAGAGGAAUUCUAUUCCCUGUUAUGUAUGAAAAGACGUUUCCAGUCAUUCCUUGAGCCUGUCAAGUUCAGGAAAGUAGCAGAUCGGAAAUUUGUUCAUUCCAGAUCUAAUUCAAGCUAUUGUUUUCCCUAUCUGUAUUUCAACAUCGAUGGCUUUUAUUCAGUCAUUGGUAUUAAUAUAAGGAGACAAGGAGGCAUCCAGCUCCUGGUGGACCUGCUGGAUCAUCGGAUGACGGAAGUCCACCGUAGUGCCUGUGGAGCAUUGAGAAACCUGGUGUAUGGGAAGGCCAACGAUGAUAACAAAAUUGCCCUGAAAAACUGCGGUGGCAUCCCAGCGCUGGUGAGGUUACUCCGCAAGACCACCGACCUGGAGAUCCGGGAGCUGGUCACAGGAGUCCUUUGGAACCUCUCAUCUUGCGACGCACUCAAAAUGCCAAUCAUCCAGGACACUCUUGCAGUGUUGACCAAUGCCGUGAUUAUCCCCCAUUCAGGCUGGGAAAAUUCACCUCUUCAGGAUGAUCGGAAAAUACAGCUGCAUUCCUCACAGGUGCUGCGAAAUGCAACUGGUUGCCUAAGGAAUGUUAGUUCAGCUGGAGAGGAGGCUCGCAGGAGGAUGCGAGAAUGUGAUGGGCUCACAGAUGCACUGCUCUACGUGAUCCAGUCUGCGCUGGGGAGCAGCGAGAUCGACAGCAAGACCGUUGAAAACUGUGUGUGCAUUUUAAGGAACCUGUCGUACCGGCUGGCAGCAGAAACUUCUCAGGGACAGCACAUGGGCACUGACGAGCUGGACGGGCUGCUCUGUGGGGAGGCCAACGGCAAAGACGCAGAGAGUUCCGGGUGCUGGGGCAAGAAGAAAAAGAAAAAGAAAUCCCAAGAUCAGGCUCCAGUUCUCUUGCUGUUUGUGGCCCCUGAGGGCUGCUCCAGGAAUAUCUACAACUUCUAG